AUGGGUGACUCCAAAGAUGGUGGCUGUUAUGGUUGGAUUAUUGUGGUUGCUAGCUUUACCAUUCAAAUGAUGGUUGCUGGUGGUGGCCAAUCAAUGGGUGUGUUUAUACUAGAAUUUACACGAUAUUUUGAUUCCAACGCCAGCCGUGCAGCUUUGGUGAUAUCGAUGUCUGCAUCAGUACGUCUGUGUGUAGGGCCUAUUGCCAGUGCUAUGAGUAACAAAUAUGGUAUCAGACCAACAGUUAUAGCAGGAGGUAUUAUAUCCAGUACUGCAAUAUUUGCAAGUUCAUAUGCGACAGGAAUCACUUAUUUGUACAUUAGUUAUGGACUUAUAACAGGUUUGGGAGUUGGACUGGCUUACCAACCUUCUAUUGUUAUAUUGGGACAGUACUUCCACAAACGACAUGCCCUAGCGAACGGCUUCGCAUGGUGCGGCCUGAGUGUUGGAAUAAUGGUUUUUCCACCACUCUUCCAGACACUGAUUACUUAUUAUGGCUGGAAAAGUGCUAUGAUGAUCAUCAGUGCACUCAACAUGAAUAUAGUUGUCAGUGGAACUCUUAUGAGGCCCCCUAGUGAUGCAAUGAAUCCCUCUAGUGUUGCAGAAAAGAAAAUCGAGAACCCAGAGAUGGAAGUUGAUAGUUUAUUGGUAGAAAAUACAAAGCAGAAUAAUCCACACAACUGGAGGUGGUUUACAGAGACAACCGGGCUUCAUUUAUUCUGUGACAAUCCUACAUUCGUUGUGAUGUGCAUCAGCAUUUUCAUGAGUGGAUUUGGCUAUCUGGUUGCCAUGGCACUUUAUAUUGCCAAAGCCGUGUCAGUUGGAAUACCGAGAAUUAACGCUUCUUUCCUCAUGACCAUAAUGGGAGUCUGCUCUAUCGUAGGACGAUCAUCGCAUGGAUGGCUCAUUGACCUGGGUCACUUACCUCCAAUGGCUGUGUUUGCAGCUAACUUGAUAUUAGGAGGACUAUCUCUGAUUUUUGUACAGGCUUCCUCCAGCUACAUUCUCUAUGCUGUCAUGGUAGGGGUAUUUGGUUUUGCUACUGGCAUCUUCAUGGCAUUAGGUGCAGUGUGUUUGAAAGCUAAUGUACAAUUGAAGUAUUUCUCAAGUGCAAUGGGAUGGUAUUUAUUUCACCUUGGACUUGGGAGUCUAAUAGGACCACCAGUAGCAGGUUGGAUGUAUGACAAGACUUCAAAUUUUAAUUUGGCAUUUUCCAUUGCUGGUGGUGUGAUGGGAGCAGCAGGAGUGUUAAAUUACAUAUACAUGUGCUACAAAAAGAUGACAUCUGAAGAGAACAGAACAAGGCUUGACGAUAAGGAGACGAAAGACAAGCGUGGUGGAAACAAGCCAUCUUUUUGCCUCCAGUCAUCAAGACACAUUAUGAAGUUGAUCAGUAAAGAAGACGGGGGAUGGUAUGGUUGGAUGGUGGUUUUAGCGAGUCAUUUCAUCCAGGUGCUUAUAAUAGGAUGUGAAAUCGGCAUGGGCGUGUUUCUGGUGGAAUUCAUGGAGUAUUUUGGUGAAGGUGCAGGAAAGACAGCCAUAAUUCAAUCUUUACAAGCUGGAAUGAUGUCAUGCCCAGCUCCUUUGAUCAGCAGCUUGAAUAAUAAAUUUGGCACCAGACCAUUGGUUAUUAUUGGUGGUGUGUUAUCCAGUGGUGGUCUAAUAUUGAGUUCAUUUGCCAACAGUAUUAAUGUGUUACUCGUUAGUUACAGCAUUAUAGUAGGCAUUGGAUUUGGGUUUGCAUAUGGACCAAGUAUUGUGAUAGUGGGACAGUACUUCCACAAACAACAUGCAUUGACCAACGGCAUCGUCUACGCCGGUGUGGGUGUGGGUAUAAUGACGCUUCCACCUCUAUAUCAGAUAUUAAUAGAUACGUAUGGAUGGAGAGGGGCAAUGCUUGUAAUGGCGGGAAUUAAUAUGAAUAUCUGUGUAUGCGGAAUGUUAAUGAGGCCGCCACCGAAAUAUGAUCCUGAGCCAAAAAACGUGAAAUCAGGAAAUGUUACAAAGUAUCAACUUGUGGACUUAUGUGAGAAUGGCAGACUGCCAGCAGAAGGGAUGGAAUCAGACUACAAACAAUGCAGAGAUGAACCUCAGUCCUCCGAAUACCACAUGGUAACGAGAGAUAUAAAAUACGUGACAACGAUAAUCAGCGAACUGCUUGGAUUGCACUUAUUUAAAAAUUCUUGGUUCAGAACUCUGUGCUUCACAGCUUUUCUAAUCGGGGUUGGGGAUCUCAUUUCCAUGGUCCAUUACGUCUCUAAAGUGGUAUCCGUCGGUAUUGAUAAACUACAAGCAGCUUUUCUUUUGACUAUUAUGGGACUUAGUACAAUUGUUGUGAGGAUUACACAUGGCCGCUUUGUUGACUUGCGUCACUUUACUCCAAUGUUCAUUGCGGCAUGUGCGUGGUUCACUGCCGGCGUGUCUGUUAUAUUUAUAGUCAUUGCCAAUAGCAACUAUUUCGUGUAUGCACUGAUCGCAGCAUUAUACGGUGUUUGCAAUGGUAUUGGUCUACCUCUGCAUGGAGCAGUCUGCAUAAAGGAAACUGUUGGGACCCAUGAUCUAUCUAGUGCAUUUGGAUGGUAUUUAGUUGGAAAUGGUUUGGGCAAUGGAAUUGGACCUCCGCUAGCAGGUUUCAUAUACGACUCCACGUCUAACUACAACCUUUCAUUUGUACUUGCUGGAUGUACAUUGAUGGGCGCAGCACUUCUCAUGUUUAUGCAAAUAGCUAGCAAAAGAUGUCAGUCCAGGAAAAGAACAAAGAAGGCUAAAAAUAAACAUGGUUCCCAUGGAGAUGAGACCAAAAUAGAACAUAAGCAUAAGUACAAGCAUAAAAAUUAUGGAACAAAAGUUUGA